AAUAUCCGUUUUGAACAAAACUUGAGGAAGUGAAAUAUCCUAAUGAUGUGGUCUGGAGGAACUACACGUCUUCUUAGAGCCUUCAGCACAUUUGAGUCUGACAGGAAAGAUUAGAACAGUUUUCGAGCAGGUGUCGGACAAAACUAAAUUUAUUUCCAAAUUUAUACUCACUGAUGGUCCCACAGCAGGAAAAUGGCUGAAGCUGAAGUUCUUCAUAAUAUUAAGUUCAAAGGAGCGAGGGGAAACACAGAUGUGGCCACACCCUCUGCAGAUGAACCCACUUAUUGCAACGUCCAUUACUCAAAAGCUCAGCGACCUGGCUCCAAACAACCUGCAGCAUCAAACAGGCGAUCAGGGGUCACAUCGGAGCGAGUGGCCCUGCUGGUCCUCAGUGUUCUCCUGGCAGCUGCCGUCACAGCUCUUGGUGUAACCCUUUAUGAAAAUACUCAAACCAUGAAGAGUCUCCAAAAGCUUCAAGAUGAGGCAAAAAAUCUCACAGAUGAAGCAUGUCCGAGGUGCGAGGACGGCUGGGAGCCACAUGGAGGAAAGUGCUACUUCUUCUCCUCGGUUACUUUAACCUGGAAUCAGAGUAGAACAGAAUGCACAUCAAUGAGAGGAGACCUGGUUGUGAUAAACAACAAAGAGGAGCAGGAAUUCCUGGAGUGUAGAUUGAGAGGAAAAAUGGACAAUCCUGAGGACAAGUUCUGGAUCGGACUGACAGACUCAAAGAACGAGGGUGAAUGGCUUUGGGUGGACGACACACGACUGGAUCCAAGUUUGACGUUUUGGCGGCACAGAGAGCCAGACAACAAGAUAUGGGAUAAUCCUGAUGGAGAGGACUGUGUGAGGAUGGGGGUGAAAAACAGAGCCAAGGACCUGAAAUCCUGGUUCGAUAAAUCCUGCGAAUCGCCUCAUAAAAGUAUUUGUGAGAAACCAGAAAAAGCAUGUCCCUGAAAUCCAGUUGGAUCAGAUUGAGCUCGAGUCCUCAGCCACUUUCACAAACUGAGGCAUGAUGCUUUAUUAAUGAAGAUCUUCUCCAGACAUAAACAACUUUGAAUAAUAUCUAGAGUCUCAUAUGUUCUUCAGUUUCCUUGUCAUUUUAAAGUGACGUCAACUCCUCCCUCAUAUAAAAUCUAUGUAUAUUAAAAAUUAUAUAUAAUAUA